AUGAGCAAUAAAAAAAUUAAACGAUCUAUACCAAUAUGGUCAACAUGUUUUUGUAUUGAUACUCAUCAUUGUGGAUUAUUUAAACAAACCAAUAGAAAAUUAGCUUAUUUCAUACAAAAAGGUAAUCUUCCAGCAAUUGAACAUAUAUUAAAACGUAUAAAACAACCAUUAAAUAAUUUAACGAUCAUUGUGAAACGACAUCAUUUCAAUACAUUCUAUCCAUAUUUAAUGAAUCAUCAUCAUCAUCAUCAUAAUCAUUAUUUUUAUCAAGAAUGUUCACCAGUUCUAUGGGCUAUAGAUUGUUUACAAUGGAAUGUUUUACCAUUAUUAUCCUAUUAUGGUAUCGAUAUCAAUCGUCCACAAUUAUGUCGUCUUAAUAAUAAUAAUAAUAUAUUACCAUAUCGUAAAUUUUGGACACAUGGUCAUUAUACAUAUCAAUCUGGAUUAGAUUAUUUCUUUGCUAGUAUUUAUGAAUAUAUAAAUGAUAAUUAUUUAAAUGAUAUUAAUCUAUUAACAUUUUAUAAUAUACAUUUAUCAAAUCUAUUAACAAAAGGUAUUGAUAUACAUCGUAUUAAUUCAGUGAUUAUAUUUAAUUUAUUAGCAAUUAGUUUUAAUCAAUAUUUAUAUCAAUCUAUCACAUCUAUGAAUGAUUAUUCCAUAUUAACAAAAAUCAAUAAUCAAUCAUUUAUUGAAUUAUUAAUUAUUAAAAAACUUAUUAAAAAUGGUUAUUCACAAUUUGAAUGUAUGGAUUAUUUAUAUUCCUAUUGUAAUUGGUUUAGUAUAUUAUUAUGUAUAUUAUGUCAUCCGAAUAUUGAUCUAUAUCAUCAUCAUCAUAAUAAUAAUAAUAAUAAUAAUAAUAAUAAUAACAAUAACAAUAGUAGUAAUAAUAAUAAUAAUGGUAAUAAUAGUAGUAGUAAUAAUAAUGGUAAUAGUGGUAAUAAUAAUAAUAAUAAUAACAAUUAUAAUAAUGAUAGUGAUAGUAAUAGUAAUAAUAGUAAUAGUAAUGAUAAUAAUAAUAAUGGUAGUAAUGGUAAUAAUAAUAAGAUGCCAAAAAUGGUAAAACAAUCAAUAUUAUUAUUGAUUAAUUUACUUGUAUUAAAAUGUACUAUUCCAACUAUAGAAGAGUUUUCGGAAUUCAUUGAAAAUUUACCAUUAUGUAAAUUAUAUAUUAAAUAUAAUAAUAAUAAUAAUAAUGAUAAAUAUAAUGAAUUUUAUAAACGUUUAAUUCAAUUACAUCAAUUAUGUUAUCAAUUAAUGAAUAAACCAUUUAGUUUAAAAUUAAUAACAAGAAAUAAAAUAAGAAAACAAAUUGGUGGUAUUGAUUUUUAUAGAAAAAUCAAUAAUAUUGAUUUACCUAAACAAUUAAUAACAUUUAUACAAUAUAUUAAUUAUGAACAAUUUGUAAUUAUGAAUGAUAUACCAAAACAAUUUAUUGAAUUCAUACAAAGUGAAUGGAUCGAUAUGAAUUCAACCAUAGAUAGUAAUGAUAAUCAUAAUAAUAGUAAUAAUAAUAAUAAUACAUUGGAAGAAUCUAUGAAUAUAUUCAAUCAAUCGAAUGAUUUAGAACAGAUCAAUAAUAAUAAUGAUAAUAAUCAUGAAAAUGAACAACAACUACCUAUGAAUAAUAAUAGUUUACAACGUGGUAGAGCCUCAGAACGUCAACAUAUUCAUAUGUAUCAAAGAAGAAUAAAUAAACAUAAACCACCAUUAAGACCUACAUCUGCUCCAUUACUUAGAACAUUUGUUAGAUAAGAAAGAAAAAAAAAGUUUUUUUUUUAUUUACUUGGAAACUAUAUUUAUCUCAGGGAUUAUAACAACCACAACCACAACCACAACCACAACAACGAAGAAAAUAAAUAAUGAAAUACUGAUCCUUCAAUGAUUUUUAUUUAUUUAAUUUUCUUGUUACCUUCUCUCUACCCCCCCCUUGUUUAUUUGUUUAUGAUAAAAGGCAUAAAAUUAUUGUUUUGUUAAAUUAUUCAAUUGAUUAUUGAUUAAAUUAGGUGUAAAGAAUAUUCUAAUGUUACUAUAUUAUUAUUUGUUGUUGUUGUUGUUCUUUUUAUCAUUGGUGGUGAUGGUGUUGUGUUGUUAUUUUGUCCGAAUGAUUCGUUUAUUAUUUCUAUGAUUGUAUAUUGAUUUUUUGAUAUUUUUAGUACCACAUCUUGAACCUAGAAUACAAUUGAUGAACAUUCCCAUUAUGCUUAGACUUUGUAAAUUAUUGAUUAGUUCAAGACUUAUUUAUAUUGUUAAUGUGAUACAUAAAUAUUACCAUAGUCAAGGGGGGGGGAGGAUUGUUUUUCUUAUUACAUCAUUGUGUUUUUUUUUUUGAGGAAGAAAACAUUUUUUUAUACAGAAAUUCUUUAAUAACUUUAAGUAUAAUCUUUGACAAGAUCAAUAUGUAUGUUAAUCAUUUGUUUAUUUUAUAAUCAAUUUUAUCAACGAUCAAAUCUAAUCUUGAAAUGAUCACUUACUUACUUACUUACGCCUGUUACUCCUUGUGAAGGAGCAUAGGCCGCUCACCAGCAUUUUUCAUCCAACCCUAUCUUGGGCUUUAAUAAUCAAUUCAAUGAUUAUUGAUUUUAAAAUCAUUCAAUCAUUUGAUUGUUUAUUGUUUGUAUUUUGUUUUUCCU